AUCAAGUGGAGCAUCCUGAAGAUCCAUAAGCUGUGUUACCAUCAUUUCAGAGAAAAUUCCUGCUUGGCAGCAAAUAGUAGCAGAAAUCCCUAAAAACAAGGAUUUUUACAACUCCUGUUUCUUAAUGUCACAUCAUUAUACUUGUCAACGAGCAGUUUACAGCAGAUUUGUAGGACUCAGCAAGACAAAGGCAGCCUCUCUUGAGGUCAACUAUCUGCGCACACAUGCAGGAGUCAUCUCCAGGAGCAGCACCAGAGGCGCCAGUAGAACCCAGGGGACAAUAUGUCACAAUGCGCCCAUGCACAGAACCUGCUGGAGGGGACAGCAGGCCGCUUUCAUGGUGAUCAGUGCAGCAGCCGUGGUGCAGCAGAGCUGUGGUGCUCCCCAGGCAGGGAGAACCUGCAGCAAGGCCCCGCUCCCUCGUAGAGCCGGUGGGGGCCAGGCACUGGUGGAGAGAAGGAUGGUGUUCUCAGGCCCAGAUGCUAUACGUGAUCACAGAACAAAGAGGCCCGAACACACGCACUACAUAGGAGCAAUAUCUCCAGCAAUAGAGGGUAGCAGUGAUGCUAAUUACCUGUGGCAGCCGGCUUCCUGCUUCUCAGCCCCACUGCAUCGCAGAUGUCAGUACGCCAGAGAAAUUGGGUGGGGAGUGCAAGAGCUCAGCUAUUUCACUUGGAGAAAUCUCCAGAGCGGAGCGCAGAUCAAGAGAGGACAGAUCUGGCAGGCUGCUGAGGAUCAAGCAACGCACCGGUAUCAAAGUCCAUGGCAGCCUCCUCCCUGUGUUCUUGAACAACAAGGCCGUGGGGCACGGGCCCAGCUGGCCUGGGAUCUGGGCAGCUACAAAGGCUGCCUUCACUCCCACAGCAAGCAGGCAGUCAUGAUCCACACCCCUCCCGGCCACCAGCACAAAGGCAAAAGGUGAGGGAUGUCCACUUCAAAAGAAGUUACACUAGUUCAGUUCUCCAAGCUCCAGAAGAUGAAAACAAGAAGCACAUGCAGAACCUCACAUUAUCAAAUACAUAAUCAUCCGGCAGGUGGAGACUGCAAUUAGAAAUAGCAGGAAAUAUCUUCAGGCCACUGUCCUAUGCAUAGUUUAAGUUUAAUGGAAAGCUUAAGCGUUAGAAAUGAGAUCCUGUGAAAGCAGUUCUGCUAAUUAAAUAAAAAACAAGAAAAAAAGACUCAUGCUGGUAGGUAGCCUACCAUGUAUUUUUCCGACGUUCUUGAGCAAGUUAAAAAUUCUUAAGACCUGAUAAAUUCAGAGUAUCAUUAACUGUGGAAGGCAAAGACAUUUUAUCAAAUGCACUACAUAACAGUAAAAUAAGAUAGCAGCCACUAGUAGAGGAAAGGCAAAAGCUUUUUGACAGCAGUUUGAUCUGCCUGCUUCAAGCAAGUUUUCACCAAAGCCAUUAUAAUUAUAGCACUUCUGGAUUCUAGCCUAAAGGGAAACAUUCUUAUCUUUUCCACUACAGGUAAUCCUAAUGCAGAAAGCCUGCUAGCGCUUCCCCUGAGGUUCAGGAAGACAUGCUGCUGGUUCCAAGAGUA